AUGGCAAAACACCCACUAUCGACAGACAUUUACCCCUCAGCCACAAAGAGGUUGAAGUUGGAGUCCGUCGUGACGUCCAAAGUGAUACAGACAGUACCAUUGUCUCAUGGGGCUGUAUUUUAUCCGACAUUGGAUCAAUUUGCUGAUCCGAUCAAGUACAUUGCAAAUAUUGAACAGGAGGCAACACGUACGGGUAUUUGCAAAAUUGUUCCUCCCCAAGGGUGGAAACCUCCUUUUGCAAUUGAUCUGGAGGAUGACCGUGUGCAAUUUAGCACGAGAAAGCAGAACAUUCACCAAUUGCAGGAAGGACGUGCGUAUGGUUAUGGCAGAAAGCAUACGUUCAAGUCGUUCCGUGCAAAUGCGGACGCUUCUCGUGCUUAUUGGUUUAGUUCGAGAGGAAUGGAUCCGGAUACAGUAACUUCGGAUGAGAUUGAGCUGGAAUACUGGCGAAUUGUCCAGACGGGGGAACCCGAGGUGGAGGUGGAAUAUGCCAAUGAUCUUGACACGGCGAAGGUCGGCAGUGGAUUUUUGCGCUCGGUGAAGCGGUUUGCUUUGCAGACUACGAACGGAAGAGAAACGAUUGACUUUACAAACCCAGAGUACUAUCGAAAUACGGGGUGGAAUUUGAAUAACCUUCCGGAUGCCUACGGCUCGCUGCUUCGGCAUUUGGGUGCUGCAAUCAACGGCAUUAAUGUAUCGUGGUUGUACUGCGGUAUGUUGUUUGCAUCGUUCUGCUGGCAUGCUGAAGACAAUUACAUGUCUAGCAUUAAUUACCACCACGUUGGCGCCAAGAAACGGUGGUAUGGGAUUCCAUCUUCAGAUGCCGAAAAGUUUGAGGCGGUGAUGAGGACGCAAGUGCCCGAGCGUUUCCGAGAGAAUCCAGACUUACUCCUUCAUCUGACUACCAUGGUGCCUCCGUCUGUCUUGCAAGAUCGAGGCGUAAAAGUAUUCACACUUGUGCAAGAACCCGGAGACAUCAUUUUGACUUUUCCGAAGGCAUACCAUAGUGGUUUUAGCGAAGGCUUCAAUUGCACCGAAGCUGUAAACUUUGUUCUCCCAAACUGGAUCGACUUCGGACGAGAGUGUGUCGAGAUGUACCGCAAUUACGGACGACUAUCGAUCUUUUCACACGAUCGAUUCGUGUUUCACUUCGGAUCAACGCAAAAUCUAAAUGAGUACUCCAUUGCAGAUUGUGAGAUUCUGUUGAAAGAGUUGAGACGGUUUUUCCACGAGGAGCGAGACUACAAGAAAGCUUUUCUUGCCGAAGGGUUGCAGAAUGUAGAGGAGUUAAGUGGCGACGUUAUGCUGGACGAGCGGUCAAUGGAGGUGGAUGACGUACGACAGUGCUACUUAUGCAAGCACAACGUUUUCUUUUCAGGCGUCAUUUGCACGUGUAAUCCGAAUCGAUUAUCAUGCCUGCGGCACACUAAGGAAAUGUGUGGCUGCUCGAUUCGGAAUCAUACCUUGCUGCAGUGGGUUAGUACUGCUGAACUACGGUAUGCAAUUCGACGCGUGCAAACGAAGAUGCAGACUCUGAAAGCUCUAAAAGCGAGCCAAACGUGA